AUACACAUUUGUGUAUAAACUAUCAAACGUGACAAAAUUUCAAACGAAAGUGAAAUUCCUAGUAAUUGGUUAGUUUUAAAAUUUUUAAUGUUUGUUUCGUGUACAUAUCUAACAGCAAGAUAAAAUUUUUGCUUAAGAAACAUGACAUCUAUACAAGACAGAUUAAAAUUAAAAAGAUCGUAUGAUACAUGGAGUACUCGCGAACAAUUAUGUUUAGCUUCCAGUGUAUUAAAAUCAGGAGACCAAAAUUGGAUAAGUGUAUCACGAUCAUUGAAAGCAAUUGUUGAGAAAGAAACGUUAAGACCACCGGAUUGGUUUUCUCAAAAAUCUUGUGCUAUUCAAUAUGCACAUUUGUUAGAAAAUGCAGAUACUCCCAAGAGGAAAAAAAGAGAAAGUGGAGAAACUACGGGUGAAUCGAUAGUUAGAAAAUUAACACAAGAAAGGAUAGUUGAACUAGGACAAAUAUUAGCUUUUCAAAGAGACGAAUACCAACAACUUAAAACUGAAAUGAAUAUGCUGAAAUCUGGAUCGAUAUCAGAGGACAAAUUACAAAAAAUGUGGCUCGCAAUGGAACAGGAAGAACGGGAACAAGAACAAAAGGCAAGAGCACAUUCGGUAUGGUUAGCAAAACGUCAACAAAAGCAAGAAUUAAAUUCACCACAAACAAUAGCUAAUAUAAAUCAACGUAAAUCUGCUGAAAAUUCCAUGGAAAUUCAGGAAACUAUAGAAAGUGUGGAUGAAGAUGAAAAGAAAGCAAGAGGAGGAAGGUCGCCAUUAUUAACAAGUCUAUUAAAAUCACCAAGUCCAACGACACAAAUUCAAACCUCAACUACUACGGCACAAGUAAGCUCUCCUACAAUCACAAGCUUACUUGGUUCCAGCCCUAAAGUACCAAAUUCUCAUUUAACACAGAAUGUGUCUCCACAAUUGCAUCAGUUGGUUACUUCUGCAAUUUCAAGUAUAUCAUCAGAAAGACCAUCAGUUGGCGCACCAACCUUAUCUAUGUUAUUAGAAAUGCCUGCAAACGCACAAAGAGGCCCUCUACCUAAUUUACAGUCAACUCCAACUAUUGUAUCUCAACAAAAUGUCCCUACUGAAGUUCAUAAUCUCCAACCUCAACCUGUUCAUCAAGUUACAAUACAAAAUGAAACACCUAUACCCGCUCAAUCUCUUACAAUUAACAAUACAAAUAUUCCAUCUACAGAAAGCAUGGUACAGAUUAUAGAUCAUAUAGAUGAUGUAAUACGUAAAGAUAUAAUGGCCGAUGUAAUAGACAAGGAUGAAAUUAAUGAAAUUAUUGGAGAUAUAGAAGAGUUGAUAAAAGAAGAAAUUACUGGUAGUCCACAAACUUUAGAUACAACUACAUCAACUAUUAAUACCCUCACUGUUCCUCAAAUUCAAGAAGUACCAGUGGUAACAGAACGACCAGAACCUAGAGAUGUAGAUGAAGUUGUAUCACUUUCUAAUUCACCAGAAAGUGAAAUGGCUAUUGAAGAAAUUGAUUCCAGCACAUCAAAUAUUGCAGAAAUUAUAGGGACAGUGGCCAUUGAACCACAAGAACCUAAAGUUAUUGUUGCUGAAAUGUCUGAAACUAUACCAAAUACAUCUGAAGAAAUAAAGUCUGAAAAAAGUUCAUGUUAUGAAAGAGUAACAUUAAAUGAAGAGCUGGUUUCUGAAUUAGACCCUCAAGAUGGUGAAAAUAGCAAAGAUACUCCACUAGAAGAAAAACAAAUUGUUGAGGAAUUUGAUACUAUGGAUUCUACUUCAAAUGUAGAAGCUGAAGAAAGUGAUUCAAAAAUACCUACAAAAGAGUUAAUGGAUGAAAUAGCAGAAGAUGAAGUAGAAGAAGAAGAAGAAACUGAUACAGUAAUUGUAUCAGAAAUUAAAGAUUCACCUACUAAUAAACUACAAAGGGUGUGCUCUGAAGAAUUAGAAAAUAAAGGCAAUAUGGAAUUGGAUCAAUUAGAAAUGCAUCUUGCUAAAAUUACAGGUGAACAGCAAGAUGUUCCAUCAGCAGAAGUUGUUAGUGUUUCAUCUGAAGUAACAAAUGAUCUUCCUAGUACUGAGGAUACAGAAAAAUCACAAGAUAUUAGUUUAAUUUUAGAAGAUGAUGAAAGUAGUUCUGAUGAUAAAAAGAAAAUAACAGAAGAACAGAUAAUAGAAAAUACAAUUGAAAGUACAGAAUCUAUUGAAUCAUUCAAAGAAGAACCUAUAAUUGUAGUCAAAGAAAAAACUAUUAUAGAAGUAAGUGAAGAAUCCCCAGAAAAAUCUCACGAAGAACAAACAGAAGAAACUUUAGAAAUUUAUACAGAUGAAUUUAAGAAAGAAGAUACAAAAGAUUCUUCAGAAGAUACUACAAGCUCUAUUUUGCAAGAUAUAGAAAUAAAAGAAGAAGAAAUAGAAGAAACAACAAUUGUAGAAGAUUCUACUCAGUUGGUAUCACCAGAAGAAAUAGAAAAUUCAAAAACAGAAUCUGUAGUUCCUAUUAAAUCUGAGUUUGAUAUUUCCAUUAUUAAGAAAGAAGAAAAUACAUAUGAAGAUUCAAAAAUAGAAGAAGAAACAAAAAUUCAAUUGGAAAGUACUUUGGUGUCAGAUGUGCAGAAAGAAACUCAAAUAAAAGAAGAAAAGGAAGAGAAAAAAAGUAUAGACAGUGAACAAAAUGUGAAAAAAGAAUUAGAAUCUAUAAUAAGUGCUGGAGAAGAUACUACUGAAUUAGAUGAAGAAGAAUCACCAUUAAGCAAAUUAAAUGGAGGACGCGCUAUGAAAACUUAUUCAAAAAAGCAAAAUGUUUCUAUUGAUAGUGAACCUGAAAAUGAAGGUACUGGAGAAGGUGCAGAUUAUAGAGCAUGGAAGAAAGCAGUCAUGUUGGUUUAUAAUCGACUUGCCACACAUAAGUAUGCAUCUGUAUUUUUGAGACCUAUUACAGAAGAUCAAGCACCUGGAUAUCAUUCGGUCAUCUUCAGACCUAUGGAUUUGUCUACUAUUAAAAAAAAUAUAGACAAUGGAACAAUUAGAUCUACAAUGCAUUUUCAACGUGACGUUAUGUUAAUGUUUCAAAAUGCUAUUAUGUAUAAUAAACAUGAUACAUUUAUUUAUAAAAUGGCAGUUUCAAUGCAGGAAGAAUGUCUGCAGCAUAUGCAGAUAUUGGUACAAGUUACAGGGGAUGGAACACUUAGGAGAGAAACAAGAACUGCAGCAAGUAGUAGUAGUGAGGCUAGUGAAAGUAGUAUAAAAAGAAAACGAAGUCACAUCACCCCAAGUCCUCAUGAUACAGACAGCCCACGUUCAAAAAAACGUAGAAAAUCAGAGAAUGAUUAGAAAAUUUUCCUAUCUAUGUAUAUACAUAUGUAUAAUGUGAUAACAUAUUAAAGUUCUUAAGAACUUUAUUGGAAAGAAAAAAAUGAAAGAAAAGAUAAAUUGUGUUAUUGGCAUUGAGGGAUAAUGCUGGAUGUGCAAAAUGUAUGAGGUCUAUAAAAAGAAAUAUAAUAGUCUGAAA